UCUCUCAUCAUUACUCAAUGCCUAGGUUUACCUCCAAUGUACUCACAUCCUACCUUACCUUUGUCUGUACACUAGGCCUUGAAUCUAAUUUACUACGAAAAAUCUGAUUCUGAAGUUAAUUAGACAAAAGCUGGUUCCGUCUAGCCAGACGGCGACUGCCUGACUGAUUUACAAAUCACAUUGCAUCAUAAAUAACUACUCAUCAUUAUUUGUAGAUCAGUAAGGCACAAUUUACCCAUGAUAUACAUUGCGGUUUUAACGCUCUCGAACACGGCCAAUGAAACGCUUGCACCAGCUGACAUGGAUUUCAGAGUUUAGCUCAAUUAUGUGUUGCUGUUUAUUGUAAUGUGGGGCAAUAUGAGUCAGUCACCUUGCUGUUUAUUGUAAUGUGGGGCAAUAUGAGUCAGUCACCUUGCUGUUUAUUGUAAUGUGGGGCAAUAUGAGUCAGUCACCUUGCUGUUUAUUGUAAUGUGGGGCAAUAUGAGUCAGUCACCUUGCUGUUUAUUGUAAUGUGGGGCAAUAUGAGUCAGUCACCUUGCUGUUUUCCUUCAUAUUGUCAUAGAAUGUGAUAAAAUAGACAGAAAGGGGUUAGUUAUAAAUAUAUUUGGUCAUACUCUCACACAAAACAACGUGUACUCCAGCCCUGUAGGAGGCGAUGUAACUACAUGCAUCCUGAUGCUGAACAACCUCACUCUCAUAGAAGAAGUCCGUUUAUGUUUUUAUAUUUUUUUUCCGACGUUGAAGCAACAAAGACUUAACUGGCUUUGGUUUUGAAAAUUGAUCCACAAGCCUACAAAACGUGGGGGUCCCGCAGUUGUCCCACUGUAGUGAGUAUCCUGCCAGUUGUCCCCUGUAAUGACAUCUUUGGCUCUACUGUGCCAGAGCAACUAAGGAGGACUGAUGCUUCGCUUUAACAAAACAGCGGUUCUGGCCCUCCUCAUAGCUACCAGCUCUGUUUUCCUCCUCUUUCAGCUCUAUCACUCCAGACAGCCUGUCUCUCAGAAUGGACCACAUAUCUUUGGCAGGACGGUUCAUCUGUCAGGAAAGGAUGCUCAGUGGCAGGUGGUGAAGAAGUUCAUGGGUCUGGUCCAUAAGUACAACAUGCCAGUGUUCCUGGUGGACACAGCCGCCCUGGGCCUCCUCUCUCAGGACUCUAUGCUGCUGAGAGACAGCCUGGUUAAAGAACCCCACUGUACUUUCCUCUGUACUAACAGAGACGUUCUCACCUUCGCUCUGCUCAACAACCUUUGGAAAUACAACGCUGGUUUGGUGGCAGCAGCUGAAGAGAAGGGCUUUGAACUGUUGGAGGUGCGAGGGAAAGACCCUCGAUUGGUCAGCAUGGACGACCUAUCGGGAAACGAGAUCCCCCUCCACUUCCUGUUCCGUCUCCAAGGUUACGUGGUCCAUGUGGUGGUCCUGUACGAGCGCAGCGGGAACUACCUGUGGCAUGGCGUCCUGCGACUCAAACCAAACAUGGACAGGAAGUUCGCACCCUUCAGAAGGCUGGACUAUGGCCGCAACGCCGGAGCCUAUGACAGGCCAGAGUUGGUACUGACCACCUUGGACGGGCUGGAUGUCCGAAUCCCCAGGAACAUCUCCGGAUUCCUGACUGAAUAUUCCCAAGCUCGUUUUCUGGAGUGUAGAUACAGGGAUGCACGUUCCUUCUUCCAGCUGUACCCUGACGACACGUCUCCUGAGGCAAUGAACUUCAGGAUGAAGGCUAAGGCUCUGCUUCAUCUAGCUGCCAGGAUCCUCACUGAGCUCCGAGUCCCCUUCUGGCUGAGUAGUGGUACCUGCCUGGGUUGGUUUCGGCAGUGCGGUAUCAUUCCCUACAGUAAAGAUGUGGACCUGGGCAUCUGGAUUAAAGACUACAGACAUGAUAUCACUCAAGCUUUUCAAAAGGCUGGCCUUCCGUUGAAACACAAGUUUGGAAAGGUGGAGGAUAGCCUGGAACUGUCCUUCCAGGGUCUGGAUGUUAAACUGGACAUUUUCUUCUUCUACGAGGAAACUGACGUUGUGUGGAACGGAGGAACCCAAGCUAAGAGCGGGAAGAAAUUCAAGUAUGUGUUCCCCAAGUUUACUCUCUGCUGGACUGAGCUGAUGGACCUAAAGGUGCGUGUCCCCUGUGAGACGGUGGACUAUGUAUCAGCUAACUAUGGGCCUACCUGGAACACGCCUGUAAAGACCUGGGAUUGGAAGAGCUCUCCGCCCAACGUGCAGGACAACGGGGUGUGGCCUGUCAGGGAGUGGGAUGAGGUCAUCCAGGUGUACUGACACACUACUACACUACAUGUGAGUCGACUACGUUGGAGUGCACUUAAACCACGCGGAAGAAAAUGGACUGAAACAGGGAGGGUCUGUCGAUCUGGACCGUCGAUCCUGUCUUUGUACGUUUUGCUACGGCGUGCACUACACGACCCUGAGUACACUCUUCCGAAGUACACUGCACCUGAAAACCCUCCACCUGAAAACACUACACCUGGAAAAACACUACACCAGAAAACACUGAGUCUGAACUGGUGGCUUACCAUUGGCUGGUGGCUUACCAUUGGCUUACCAUUGGCUGGUGGCUUACCAUUGGCUGGUGGCUUACCAUUGGCUGGUGGCUUACCAUUGGCUUACCAUUGGCUGGUGGCUUACCAUUGGCUGGUGGCUUACCAUUGGCUGGUGGCUUACCAUUGGCUGGUGGCUUACCAUUGGCUGGUGGCUUACCAUUGGCUGGUGGCUUACCAUUGACUAUUUGGUUGUAAACUGCAGACCACCAAUACUGGAUUCUCCUCAUCCUUUGGACUGAAGCAACUGCCUAUUGAUAUGAAAUGUGUGUUCCUGGUUUGAAAUACUGUAUUAUGUUUACAAAAACAUGUCAUAGACAUUUUAAUAGCUACUGACCAUUACUUACUACUGACAUGUUGGGUAGGCCCAGGGUAAGGCCAUAUUACGUCCUUGGUUACAUGGUAUCGGGUUAUUACGGCCUUGGUUACUUGAUACCGGGUUAUUACGGCCUUGGUUACUUGGUAUCGGGUUAUUACGGCCUUGGUUACUUGAUAUCGGGUUAUUACGGCCUUGGUUACUUGAUAUCGGGUUAUUACGGCCUUGGUUACAUGAUAUCGGGUUAUUACGGCCUUGGUUACAUGAUAUCGGGUUAUUACGGCCUUGGUUACUUGAUAUCGGGUUAUUACGGCCUUGGUUACAUGGUAUCGGGUUAUUACGGCCUUGGUUACAUGAUAUCGGGUUAUUACGGCCUUGGUUACAUGAUAUCGGGUUAUUACGGCCUUGGUUACAUGAUAUCGGGUUAUUACGGCCUUGGUUACAUGAUAUCGGGUUAUUACGGCCUUGGUUACAUGGUAUCGGGUUAUUACGGCCUUGGUUACUUGGUAUCGGGUUAUUACGGCCUUGGUUACAUGAUAUCGGGUUAUUACGGCCUUGGUUACAUGGUAUCGGGUUAUUACGGCCUUGGUUACAUGAUAUCGGGUUAUUACGGCCUUGGUUACAUGAUAUCGGGUUAUUACGGCCUUGGUUACAUGGUAUCGGGUUAUUACGGCCUUGGUUACAUGAUAUCGGGUUAUUACGGCCUUGGAUACAUGAUAUCGGGUUAUUACGGCCUUGGUUACAUGAUAUCGGGUUAUUACGGCCUUGGUUACAUGAUAUCGGGUUAUUACGGCCUUGGUUACAUGAUAUCGGGUUAUUACGGCCUUGGUUACAUGAAGUGCUAGGUGGUGGUGAUGACCACGGACUGAACUUGAUUAUUGUGUGUGUCCCAAAUUGCACCAUAUUUCCUACAUAGUGCACUACUUUUGUACCUAGCCAAAAGUAGUGCACUAUAUUGGGAGUGGACAUUUAUGUUCAUAUUGUAUAUAUUUUAUGCCUCUUGUGUUUCAGGAGUCAUUGAUUUUCCAACAAAUCGAAUCUUACUUUCCUUUUGGAUUGAGUUUUGUCAUCGUUGUUGAAGGGAACUAUGAUCACUCUAGCCUGAGUGCCAGUCUGUCUGUGCUAUCAUGCCAACUCUUUGUCACUCGUUUAGCUUGACAAUGACCGCUUUGGAGUUAUCAAGAAAACAAACAGAUCUGGGACCUGGCUGUACUCAACAGCUGACAGCUCCAAUUUUUAAAAGGAUUAAAAGCUUUGACAUGAUGAGACGGGUCAGAAAUAUGCUGCGUUGCAUAAAAAACCCAGACCAGAACCGUAGGCCUGAUCACCGACGACGACGAGACAGCCUAUAGAGAGGUCAGAGACCUGGCAGUGUGGUGCCAGGACAACAACCUCUCCCUCAACGACGAGACAGCCUAUAGGGAGGAGGUCAGAGACAACAACCGCUCCCUCAAUGUGAUCAAGACAAAGGAGAUGAUUGUGGACUACAGGAAAAGGAGGACC